AUGCGUGUUCUUCUGCCUAAGCGGAAUGCGGGGCAUCGUACGUACGGAUUCUCCGAUGUGGGCUGCUAUGGCAGUGAGAUCAAAACACCCAACAUUGACCGAUUGGCCUCUGAGGGUUUACGGCUACUGAAUCAUCAUGCCGCCGCAGCUUGUUCACCCACGCGUGCAAUGCUCAUGAGUGGAACCGAUGCUCAUCUCGGUGGAUUGGGAGUGCUGAUCGAGUACAAGAAAAGCAAGCGGGGAGCGCAACGAUUCUCUGGGAAAGCCGGAUAUGAGGGGUAUCUGAACAAUAAUGUGGCGACCUUGCCUGAAAUCCUCGGGGAUAAUGGGUACUUCACGGCCAUGUCUGGCAAGUGGCAUCUUGGGAUGCGCGCCAAUCAGGGACCAUGGGCGCGAGGCUUCCAGAAUGCACUUGCAAUGCUGCCUGGUUGUUGUAAUCACUACGGCUGGGAGCCCGUCCAGGAGCGGUUCCCUUAUGGGGGUUCGCCGAUUCAUGCGGAAAAUGGCACCAAAGUCGAUAUACCUGCGAACAAGACGGAGAAUCCGGGCGGGUUCUACUCGACGGAUUACUACACGGACAAAAUGAUUCAAUAUCUUGAGAAUCGAUAUAAGGGAGUUUACGAUGACGGCCCCUACGCCUUGCGAGAUCGGCGCUUGGAGUCUCUUGUUGAGAUGGGAAUCAUCGACGAAUCGGUCAUUCCGCACAAGGUUGAGACCAGCACCACGGGCUCUGGGGAGUGGGACGAACUUACCGCCGAGGAGAGAAAGCUGUCUAGUCGUGCUAUGGAGACAUACGCUGGUAUGGUAGAUUCCAUGGACAUGAAUAUUGGCAAGAUGGUAGAGUACCUGAAACGGACGGGAGAGUAUGACAACACGUUUAUUGUGUUUAUGAGUGAUAACGGGGCCGAAGGCGCUGCACUUGAAGCAAUACCGGUCAUGGGAGAAAAGAUCACCAGUGCGAUUCACCAAUACUACGAUAACUCGCUGGAUAACAUCGGUGCCUGGAACUCAUUCACCUGGCUCGGACCGCUUUGGGCUCAAGCAUCAACCGCUCCAUCUAGACUAUUCAAAGGCUUCCCCUCGCAAGGUGGCAUCCUGGUCCCAUGCAUCGUCAAGCCCCCUUCGAACACCUUCCUCCCAUCGUUCAUGCCAGGCUCAUACAACCGAUCCUUCUCGACUGUGAUGGAUUUCCUACCGACAUUCCUCGAGCUGGCAGGUAUUGCCCAGCCUCCGGCUUCAGAGGAAUCACUGGUCAUCGGGCUGAGUGGCAAUAUCACGGCAAGUCGAAAGAUGGCUACCUUCCGAGGGAAGGCGGUCCACGCUAUACGGGGCAAAUCGUGGGUCCCGUUCUUCUCGCAAGGUAAACAGGUGGAGGAAGAUGAGACUUGGAGCAUUCACUCCUCUUCAGAGCCCAUCGGAUGGGAGCUCUUUGCUCGGGCAGCGCUCCGAAAAGGCGAUUGGAAAAUUGUCCACAUCUCUAAGGCCCAAGGAGGGGUCGGUGUGGAUGAUGAAGGGUGGGAGUUAUUCAACGUUGCUGAUGAUCCAGGGGAGACCAAGGAUCUGGCCCAGUCCCAGCCAGAGAAGUUGGCCGAGCUGCGGGUCCACUGGGACGAAUAUGUAGUUGAAUGUGGCCUUGUGUGGGGUGAGGGAGCCUUAGCGCCUGGGUUGGGAAGAGAAGAGGCACCAGAGCUGUGGGAAGAUGAGGUCGAGUUGCAAAAGUCGUUGAUGGGUGCUAAAGUAGGGUCGUGCCCAGACUCCUGCUUAUGA